AUGAGUAUUAUCAUGCAUUCCUCCUUCAACCAAUAUCAACCAAUUUCAGUUGGCCAUAAUAACUCAAUUAUAGAUCAAUUACCUGUUCCACAAGUUUAUUCAAUACAACAUCCAAUUCCAGUAACAGAUACUCAGUACAAUACUAUUUUAUACCCUUCUGUAAAUCUUGAUAAUGUAAAUCCGAAUAUUAAAUCUGAUACUGGUAUAAAAGUUGUACCUAAUCUCUAUAAUACUCCAAACAGCAUUGAUACUAAUAAAUUUUACAACCAACCUGUCGAUAAAAUUGUUUUACCUCCAAUUAACACAAUAAUAAGAAAGAAUAAUUGCAAUAUAAGAGAAGAAGCAACUCUAGGUAUUAUUGAAGGACAGAUGAAACAAAUUAAUAACACUGCUGUACCAGUUAAUGAUACAUAUCCUAAACAAGCCAUAAUAAGUACAAAUAAUAAUGUAGCUAAAAAUAUACCUGCAGAAAUAUCUCCACAGAUUCAGCAUGUUAAAUUAGGAUCACCUAUUAAACAAUUCCCCCAUACAUUAUCUAACUCAACAACACAUAUAGAUAGCCACAAUCCCAAUAUGAACAAAUUUAUACCUAUACAACCAAAUAUAAUACCAUACUCUGUUCCAAACAACAUAACAAAUUCUCUUACUCCAAUGCCACAAUUACAAACACCAAAUUUACCUGUUCCCUCAUCUCAACCAAUCUUACAGCAACAAGAACAACAAAGACAGUUGCAGCAGCCACAGCAACUGCAACCAUUCAUACCGCUUGAACAAAAUCAUCAAUCCCAAAUAUAUCAGCCAUAUCAUAUUUAUAUACCAAUGAUGCCAACAAAGUACCAAAUACAACAACAACCUACAGUUGCAGUUAAUAAUGGCUGUAUAUUGAAUCCACCAAGUGGCAUUCCAUCGUCGUUACAACAACAAUAUAUUACAAGUGAAGUACCUGUUACUGUGCUCCCAAUGGAAAAUUAUUCGGUAGUAAAUCCCAAUAUUUACUCAAAUUCUAUAACGGUUGAUGCCCCCAAAAAUAAUGACAACACUAAUAAGGAUAAUAUGGAAAAAAAUGAUCUUGAUAACAAAAUUGUAAAGAAUAAAAAAAAGGCAGGAAUAAAAUUUCGAGACAACUGCGUCUUCAACGGAGAUGUUAAGAUAAAUAACGAUCCACUUAAUGGUGUCCCUAGCUUGGAUACUAUUCAAACAAACUUAAAUAUUGCCAAAAGAUUGAGAAAGCAAUGUCCAGUAUGUGGUAAGAUUUGCUCUAGACCGUCUACUUUGAAAACCCACUAUUUAAUUCAUAGUGGUGAUACUCCUUUUAAAUGUACCUGGGAAGGUUGCACGAAAGCCUUCAAUGUUAAAUCCAAUAUGAUGAGGCAUUUAAAAUCUCAUCAGAAAAAAGCACAAAAAGGAGCAACAAGAAAUUAG